AUGCUUCUAGAUGUAUCGAAUGUGCAAGGUGAGCACAGUUCCCUGGACAACAUUCAUGAAUUACAAGAAGUGCUUUCACAACCCGGUGUUAAUAAGCGAUACGACUCCCUCCGAGUUCAACACAACGGCCUGCACACAUUAGGCAUCGCCACUCCAUUGUCUACAGCACUACAACACAUCACUUCCCUUACCGCCUCUCAUAAUCGAAUCAGUACUCUGCAGGGUGUGGAUGCAUUUCCAUGUGUAGAAGUACUGGAUUUAAGUUAUAAUGCCCUACGGGUAUUGGAUGCACACUCUACAUCCUUAUUACGUCGAUUACGGCGAUUACGAUGUUGUGAUUUCUCUCAUAAUGAAAUACGAUUGAUUGAUUUAGAGGCUACUUCUCGUUCAGGUAGUAUUUGGAAUGAUUCUCAUACAGGAGAUGGGGGUAAUACUGCUCUGAUGUGGGAAGAACUGGUGGAACUCAACAUUUCACACAAUCAACUCAUUGAAUUACCAGAUCUUCGUUGUAUGCCUUUAUUAGAGGUACUUCAUCUUGAACACAAUCGUAUUGAGUAUAUUAAUGAUAUUGAUAGCCAUAUUCCUUUAUUGGCUCUUCGUUCUCUUUCUAUGGCUUACAAUAUGUUGAGUUCAUUACAACAUCUAGUUCCUCUCACCGUAUUUGCAGAAACACUUAAGAAUUUAACGUUAAAAGGAAAUCCUUGUGUAAGUGAUACCAAUUCUACUGCUACCUCUACUUCUACUGUUGCUACUACUACUACUACUACUACUACUUCUACUUCUUCAACUAAUAAUGUUGUUGUUGGUGGUGUUCCGAGUAAAAGCAGUAUACGAUCAUGGUUAUUAUGGCUUCUACCACAUCUUGAGACAAUUGAUAACAUUGCAAUUACUUCAGAGGAACGACACAUAACGGCACACCUCUUUAGACAUCAAGGUGAACUGAGCUAUGAUGCGAUGGAGGUAAUGAAUAGUCAUCAUGGAACUCAAUUGGAGGUAUAUCUUCAGAAAUUUAACCCUCCACAAAAUAUGCAUUCAUCUGUUGAUUCUCUAUUAGGAGUCAAAAAAGAAUCUACUAUACAUAAUGCCUCAUCUACUGUUGCUAAUACUACUAAUAAUAAUUUAGUAAACAAUGCGAAUACACCAGCUCCAUCUUUAGGAGGCAUGACAGCUCGUUUACCAGCUAGUCCCAGUGUAUCUGCGAGCUUAACAAGUAAUCCUACUCGACCAAUCUCUAUAGAUCUCGUUCUUCAAAUGAUGCAAAAGAAAUUAAAACAAUUAUCGGAUGUUAUGGAGGUUUUGUGGAAGGAAAGUAUGGCUAGACGUGUAUUUGCUACUAUUGUACUACAAAAGUACACUCGGGGAUUUCUCACACGUUUGCAUAUUCCUCCAGCAGUUCAAAGAGUUUGCGCACAUAUUAGAGAAAAAUUGUACCGUCAUCGACGAAGACGUUUAUUUCUUCAAUAUCCUCUCUUAUCGUUAUUGUCACAACAACAACAACAACAACAACAACAACAGCAACAGCAGCAGCAACAACAACAACAACCAUCUGUGAAUAAUAAUAGCAGUAAUAGCAAUAGCAGCAAUAAUAAUAAUAAUAAUAAUGCUGAAAUAGUGAGACAAUUUAGAAAUUUUGAUUCUCAAUUACGUCACAUGUGGACGGAGAUGAAUGAAUUUCAACGUUUAUUGGCUCAUAGAAAAAAUGCUGCAGCCAUUACAAUACAGAAAUAUUAUCGUGGUUACAGAGAUCGAAAAGAAUGGCGACAACUAAAGGAAUCUUAUGAUGGAUUUGUUGCCUCUUUACGACCAGAUAUUGUGGUUCUUCAACGUGUAUGCCGAGGCUAUCUCGUGCGUGGAAAACUCAGACGGCGAUAUAUGCAAACCGAUGAGUUGCGUCUCUUGCGAAGAGAAGUGGCUGAACUUCGGCAAACCGUUCAUGAUAUGCAGUCUUUUAUGCAGCAGACAAUGCGCCGACAGCGACUGGAUCGCUACACAGAUCCGGAAAAGGCAAUGGAGGAGAUUAUUGCUAGACACACUGUACCACGAACAGACUGUCUCAGUGAAGGUGCUGCUGCAGUAUUGAGAGAAGAAGAAGAAGCGGAAAGCGUGAAAUCAGAAUCACUUUCUUCUGUACCAGAGGAACUUUGA